CUCAAGUGAAAACUCCCAAAAUGAAGCAACGCCAUCUGUCCACUGCAUAUUAAGUAUGUAGCAGUCUACAAAUGGCCAACUGUCGGGUUCGGUUUAAUGGCUUGUACCAUCUUGGGGGUGUUCUAAUACAUAGCAGUGACCUUUGGUAUUUCUCACAGCUUUGGUAGAAUUCUCAUCUUCAGCCAAGUCAUUUCUAACAGCACAGGGCUUUCAAUGAUGCAGUUAACAAGUGCAAGCAAAUGAAUAUGGAAUUGUGUUAAAUACUAUCAACUACAUGUUAAGCAAUCGGAAGAGAAUAUAUUUCAGUAAAUAAGUUUCCUUGUCCUUAAAACAUCUUGAAGGUGCCGUUGAUGGAUCUUCACAGUCCUGGUUAGUUAAACAUGCAGCAGAAUAAAGCACGGCUUGCUUCUUAGUGCUGUGCUUGCAGAGACCCCAAGUCUACAAAUAUGAAAGGGAAAAAGAAUAAAACAUUGGAGCCCAAAGGAAAAGGAAUUGCAAGAUGGCAUGGAGCUGUAUCGACUGAUCUAAUGAAGCCAAAUGUUCUCCAACCUAAGAAUGAACUGUCCAAUGAAAGUGACUCUGAAUGCAGUUCAAUCCCGGAGGGCAAGCAAGAUGGACUUGGGAGGAAAGUGAAGAAAACUUUAGGAAAGCUACUGUUUCUCAGUCACCACCAUCAAUCCCAUGAAAAAAUGAAGAAAUGUCAAGAUAAUACAUUCAACAGGCCAACUACAACAAAACACGCUGGCUUUAUUGGAAAAAAGAGUUUCCUUCCAAAGUGCUUUAAGGAGCUGCCAUCUCCAAAACUGUUCCCAAAAAUGAAGCCGAUGGUGGAUGAGAACGGUUAUUUGAAUAAAUAUAACAUUGUUAAAAAGGAUACCAGAGGGACAAAGACAACGGAUCCCAGGCAGUUUUACAAGAUAGACGAGAAUAAAAUAUGCACGUCAUUUAAAGCCCAUCCACAUCCAACUGCAACUAUCCAAGUUGACUAUGAUGUGGUGGAGGCAGAAACAGAGAAGUUGAUAGGAAACAAAUGGGUUUUGAGAUCAAGACGGACGUCGAGAAGAGUCUCUGUAACCAGCUUGCCCAUUGGACUACAAAAGGCACAGUAUUUAAAGAAAAGGCAACACUUUGGAAUAUUUAAAAGAAAGAAAAGGAAGCCAGUUGAUAAAAGCAGAAAGCAGUCUGUUUUAACAUUAGGAAAGCUCCAGACUCAGGUGGAUGAUCUCAUAGAAACUGUGGCUGAUAGAUCAGUGAAGCUCCUGGCACAGAGACAUGCAGAGCUGGAACAGUGUGAGUUUCUCGGGGAUGAGAUCCUUCAAUCCUCCAAACAGUUUCACAGGAUUUCUAAGAAGCGUGCACGGAAAUACAAAUGGAAGAACUUAUGUUUUCCUUGUGCCUGGUGCUGUUAAGGAACUGCCCUCAAAAACAAGAAAAAAAAGAAACACACAACCAACUAAAGUUAAACAUAAUGACCUGAUUUCCAUAUGUUUAAACGUAAUUUACUUUAAAAAAAAACAAAAAAAAAACAAAAAAACGAGAUUUUACUAGGUGGCACUGUUCUGCAAUGGGAAUU